AAUUAUGGUUCAUUCAUUUAUGUGACGUCAUUAUGGCCUGGUUGGGUUAGGUUUGCUUAGAAAUUUUUGUUAGAAACCUUGUAUUUUAUAGUAAAUAAUUUGUUGUGCUACACACUCUAGAUUAGUGAUACAAUAUUCUUGCAAAAUAACAGUAAUCCUGGUGCCAAGAAGUGUUUUUUUGACGACACUCUUUGGCGAAAAUGAAUCGCCAUGAAGGAGUCAGCUGUGAUUCUUGUUUGAAAAAUAACUUUAGAGGACGAAGAUAUAAAUGUUUGAUUUGCAUCGACUACGACUUAUGUGCAGCAUGCUACGAGUCUGGCGCCACCACAAACCAGCAUACCACAGAACACCCUAUGCAAUGCAUCCUUUCUAGAAGUGACUUUGAUUUAUAUUAUGGAGGGGAAACUCUAACGUUAGAACAACCACAGGCAUACACAUGUCCAUUCUGCAACCGCAUGGGUUUUACUGACAGUUCGCUCAUGGAGCAUGUCACUGCGGAACAUGCUGACACCACCAUAGCUGUGGUGUGUCCAGUGUGUGCAUCGAUGCCAGGUGGCGAACCAAACUUCGUCACCGAUGACUUCGCUGGCCACCUUACGCUCGAGCACCGAACGGGUCCCAGGGAUCUAAUGUCAUUUCUGGAUGAGCCCAGCGGUAUCCGACACGGCGGCGUGCGUCGCAUGCCGCACUCGGGACGCGGCGUCAGUCGCGCCCGCAGAACCAAUAUGCAAUUCAGCACGGGCGGCGGAGGCAUCUCCUCGCUGUCGCCGUCGUCUCGCGACGCGGUUGUGGACCCCAUCGCGGAGUUGCUGUCGCAGUUGUCGGGUGUGCGGCGCGGCGCCGGGCAACCUGGCACCCCCAGCCAGCUGCAGCAACUGCAGAUGCAACUGCAGCUCGAGCGGCAGCAGGCCACGGCCGCUCGGCAGCAACUAGAGAGACUGCCGAGGCGCGCGGGAGGAUCUGCGGGCGCGUCCGCGGCCCCACCGCCCGCGCCCCAGCCCGCCGCCGCGCAGCCACAGCCACAAACCGACGCGGUCGAUUCACAGUUCCUGCUCGCCGGCUUCCUCGGAACCGCGAGUGCCGCGGCUGGGUCCGAGGCGGACCCGCGCGCGGCCCUGCUGCGCGGUCUCAUGCUGGCGUCGUUGGGGCGCGCGCCGCCCGCACGCCGCGCGCCUGCCCCCGCGCCCGCUGCACCUCCUGCACCGCCCGCGCCGCGCGCCCACACGGCGCCCACCGCGCCCGCCACGCUCGCCGCUCCCGCCGCGCCGCCCGCCUCCGCGCCGAGGGUCAAGCCGCAGCCGCGCACCAAGGUACGCUGGGGAGUGAGUCGGGGCGCGGGCGCAGGCGUCGGGGAACGCGGCGUACACGACGCCCUGUGACGCGCGUGUUGUUGCAGGAGGCGGCGGCGCGUGCGCAUGCAGCGGCGCGGCAGCUGCCGGAGGGCAGGUAGGAGCGCCGGCGCGCCGCCGCGCGAGGCGACGCGGGCGGCUAGCGGCGCGGAGCGGGGGCGCGGGCCGCCGCGCGUCGGCGCCGGUCGCCGGGGCGUCCUGUGGAGUCGGUAGAUCCCGCGUAGUCUGUGUGAGGCGAGGGCCGGCGCGCCGCGUGUCACGGCCGCGUGCACGUGUGGGGCGCGCGAGGUCCGCGUCCGGACUCGUUUCGUUGUUUUUCGCUAACACUUCCUAGUGAAUGCUUACGAUACGUUCGUUUUGUUGGCUUUCGAAAUAUCAGUGUGAUUUCCUUUAUCGUAGAGGAGUAAUAGCGAUGGAAUGUUUUAUAAAGCGUCAGAUGUUACUUACGGUGAUUGAUGUUAUCGAUCGAGGGGAGUCCGGUUUUAUAUUUACGUUGUCGCUGGCUCGCGAUCGGGAGGGGUUUUCGAGUCGAUUGGCACCGUUGUUCUUUGACGUUAAGUUAUAAUAAUUUAUUAUAUUGUGUAAAGCUAUCGAGCGAUAUACAAAUUAUUGAUAGGGUAGUUUUAGAAUAAAAGCAAAAAUUUCCUUUUAUCACUAUGCUCUGGCUGUUUUAAUGACUUGUAGAUAUAUUUCUUCCACCUGAAAACCCUCCUGACUCCUCUCUGAACUUAUAUUAUUUUAUAAUGUUACAGUCUAAUAUGGUUGGAAAACUACUUACCCUACAAUUUCACUAGCUAUUUGAAGAAAGUGCUUAUUAGUUUGAUUAUUAUACUCCAGCAUUACAAAAUGUUUGUAUGUACCCUAAUUAAAUUCUAUAAUAUUAAAAA